AUGGAGACUGUGCCCGACCUGUACGUAAAGCAGUCACCCAGCCCCAACGCGUACACUCUGGCCAUCAACGGCAAGCGGCCCUUCAUCGUCGUGCACACCGCCCUGGUGGAGCUGCUCUCCCCGCAGGAGCUCAAGGCCGUCAUCGCCCACGAGCUGGGUCACGUGGCCUGCGACCACGGGGUGUGGCUGACCCUGGCCAACGUGCUCGCCAACGGCACGGCGUCGCUGCUGCCCGUGGUGUCUGACACGCUGGAGAACUCGCUGCUGCGGUGGCGGCGCGCCGUGGAGCUGACCUGCGACAGGGCGGCGCUGCUUGCGGUGCAGGACUGCUCCGUGGUCGUAGGCGCGCUUAUGAAGCUGGCGGGCGGCUGCCCCUCCCUCGCGCACGAGCUGAGCGUGGACUCGUUUCUGAAGCAGGCGCGCUCCUACGACGAGGCAGCGGCGUCAUCGCUGGUCUCAUGGUAUUUCAGCACAGCCCAUAGCCGCGCGCUGUCCCACCCGCUGCCGGUCAUGCGCGCGCGCGAGAUUGACCGGUGGGCGCAGAGCGACGAGUACCGGCGGCUCGUGCUCGGCGGCCGCGGCGCGUGA